CGUUCUGUUUCACGUUCAGUUCAUGGGACGGUAACGGUGGAUACGGUGUUCGGAAUCGUCCGCAUCCAUAGUAAUCUACAUCAGUGUUGUGCCUCGUCGGGGCUGUUUGAGGUUUUCACCGCAUCGUGCUGUUGCUUAUGAGGAUUAGCAGUAGAAACACAAGAGCAACCCUUGGAAUCCACCGUCCACCGCCAACUGAAGAGUAACCGUUAAACGUCAAGAUGCAGCUAUUCAGUGCCCAAAUCGCUGUUGCAGGAUUACGGCGAACAAAUCGGGCUCGCCUAUGGACCAUCCGUAAAAAUGGCUUUGCAAGCCAGGUCGAAUACAAACCCAUACGAUCCGUGCUGGUUGCGAAUCGAGGAGAAAUUGCCAUUCGUGUCUUUCGCGCCUGCACGGAACUUGGAAUCCGAUCCGUGGCCGUUUACUCCGAACAGGACAAGAUGCAUAUGCACCGUCAAAAAGCAGAUGAGUCAUACAUGGUAGGAAAAGGGCUGGCCCCUGUUGAAGCAUACCUCAGCAUUCCGGAAAUCAUUCGAGUGUGCAAGGAAAAUGAUGUUGAUGCCGUUCAUCCUGGAUAUGGAUUUUUGUCUGAACGGUCUGACUUUGCGCAAGCUGUCAUCGAUGCAGGAUUGCGUUUCAUUGGCCCUUCGCCGAAAGUUGUGCAACAGAUGGGAGAUAAGGUCGCUGCACGCAAGGCUGCCAUCGAGGCUGGUGUGCCCAUUGUACCCGGUACAGAUGGACCAGUAACCACCAAAGAGGAGGCUGUCGAGUUCUGUCGUAAGCAUGGUUUGCCCGUCAUUUUUAAGGCUGCGUACGGUGGUGGCGGCCGUGGCAUGCGAGUCGUUCGCAAAAUGGAUGAAGUUGAAGAUAACUUCAUGCGUGCCAGUUCCGAAGCAAAAGCAGCAUUCGGAAAUGGUGCUAUGUUCAUUGAAAAGUUCAUUGAGCGUCCGCGGCACAUUGAGGUGCAACUGCUGGGUGACAAAGCGGGAAAUGUCGUUCAUCUGUACGAGCGCGACUGUUCCGUGCAGCGACGCCAUCAAAAGGUAGUUGAAAUUGCGCCGGCACCCCGCCUGCCGAUUGAAGUGCGGGACAAAAUGACGGAGUAUGCCGUUCGUUUGGCGCGGCACGUGGGCUAUGAAAAUGCGGGCACGGUCGAGUUCUUGUGCGACGAAUCUGGAAACUUUUACUUCAUCGAAGUUAAUGCUCGACUACAAGUUGAGCAUACCGUUACUGAGGAAAUUACUGGCAUCGAUCUGGUGCAGUCGCAGAUCCGUGUUGCUGAAGGUAUGACCCUGCCCGAACUUGGCUACACGCAAGAAAAUAUCAAACCGCAAGGAUAUGCUAUUCAGUGCCGUGUUACAACGGAAGAUCCGGCGAACGAUUUCCAACCAAACACAGGCCGUUUGGAGGUAUUCCGUUCCGGCGAAGGUAUGGGUAUUCGUUUGGACAGCGCCUCAGCUUACGCUGGUGCCAUUAUUUCUCCGUACUACGAUUCGCUACUGGUCAAAGUCAUAUCGCACGCCUCGGAUCUACAAUCGUCCGCGGCAAAAAUGAAUCGUGCCCUGCGCGAGUUCCGUAUUCGGGGUGUCAAAACCAACAUACCAUUCCUACUUAAUGUGCUUGAGAAUCAAAAGUUCCUCAAUGGAGUACUUGACACCUACUUUAUCGAUGAGCACCCGCAGCUGUUCCGAUUUUCCAAAUCGAAAAACCGCGCUCAGAAGCUGCUGAACUAUCUUGGCGAAGUUUUGGUAAAUGGACCGACCACUCCACUCGCGACGAAACUAAAGCCCGCUGAAGUUCAACCGCACGUUCCUCAAUUGCCAUUGGAUCUAUCACCGGAAGCACUGGCCGAGGAGGAAGAGGGUACAAGAAAAGUUACAGAGCCACCGCGUGGUUUCAAACAAAUUCUGCAGGAGGAAGGCCCUGAAGGUUUUGCAAAGGCGGUACGAAGCCAAAAGAAGCUGCUACUCAUGGAUACCACGUUCCGCGACGCUCAUCAAUCGCUACUAGCCACACGUGUACGAACGCACGACCUGCUGAAGAUAUCGCCGUUUGUGGCGCACAAAUUUAACAACCUAUAUUCGCUAGAAAACUGGGGAGGUGCUACUUUCGACGUCGCACUCCGUUUCCUGCACGAAUGCCCAUGGGAACGGUUGGAGGAAAUGCGCAAACAGAUUCCAAACAUUCCCUUCCAGAUGCUUCUACGCGGUGCAAACGCCGUUGGAUACACGAACUAUCCCGAUAAUGUGGUGUACAAAUUCUGUGAAUUAUCGGUACAAUGUGGAAUGGAUAUUUUCCGAGUAUUUGACUCGUUGAACUAUCUGCCGAACUUGAUCCUCGGUAUGGAAGCGGCCGGUAAUGCUGGCGGUGUAGUGGAGGCUGCUAUCUCGUACACUGGAGAUGUGAGUGAUCCGAAAAAAACCAAGUACGAUCUUAAAUACUACACUAACCUCGCCGACGAAUUAGUCAAAGCAGGGACUCAUGUCCUGUGCAUCAAGGAUAUGGCUGGACUGCUAAAACCGCAAGCCGCACGCUUACUCAUUACAGCUAUUCGCGAAAAACACCCAGAUGUACCAAUUCACAUUCACACACACGAUACAUCAGGAGCGGGCGUAGCUUCUAUGCUAGCAUGUGCCGAGGCUGGUGCCGAUGUCGUUGAUGUCGCGGUCGACUCCAUGUCCGGAAUGACUUCGCAGCCGAGUAUGGGAGCGGUUGUCGCAUCUCUUCAGGGCACCAGUCUCGAUACUGGCUUAGGAUUGCCGGAUAUUAGCGAAUACUCUGCCUACUGGGAGCAAACGCGUACGCUAUAUGCACCAUUCGAAUGCACCACCACGAUGAAAUCGGGCAAUGCCGAUGUGUACAUGAAUGAAAUUCCUGGAGGACAGUACACGAAUUUGCAAUUCCAGGCUUACUCGCUUGGAUUGGGGGAUUUCUUUGAAGACGUCAAAAAGGCGUACCGUGAGGCCAACCUGUUAUUGGGAGACAUCAUUAAAGUUACUCCCUCUUCGAAGGUCGUUGGUGAUUUGGCCCAAUUCAUGGUACAAAACCACUUAACGGCCGACCAGGUGCUGGAACGAGCGGAGGAGCUUUCUUUCCCGAAAUCAGUGGUCGAGUUCCUGCAGGGUGCUAUUGGCACACCACAUGGCGGCUUCCCCGAACCACUACGAUCUCGCGUACUUAAGGAUAUGCCACGCAUUGAGGGACGUCCCGGUGCUCAACUGGCUCCACUUGAUUUUGAUGCACUUAAGAAAUCGCUACAGGAAUCUCAUCCCGACGUGCAAGAUCGUGAUGUCAUGUCGGCAGCCCUCUACCCUCAAGUUACAAACGAUUUCCUUAACUUCCGCGAUACAUUCGGGCCGGUAGAUAAACUAAAUACACGCGUAUUUCUUACCGGACCCAAGGUAGGUGAGGAGUUUGAGGCAACCAUAGAGAAGGGAAAAACGCUUGGCUUCAAGACACUAGCUAUGGCCGAAGAUCUAACUGCCAACGGUGAACGAGAAGUGUUUUUCGAACUGAACGGUCAGUUGCGUUCGGUGCUGAUUCGCGACAAGGAGGCAGUCAAGGAGUUGCACAUCCAUCCAAAGGCUACCAAGGGUAACAAAAACGAAGUUGGUGCCCCAAUGCCCGGAUCCGUGAUCGAAAUCAAGGUAAAGGUUGGAGACCACGUCGAGAAAGGCCAGCCGCUGAUUGUGCUGUCGGCAAUGAAGAUGGAAAUGGUGGUACAGUCGCCCCGAGCUGGCGUUGUGAAAACACUGGAUAUCAGCAACGGCAUGAAACUCGAAGGAGAAGACUUGCUUUUGACUCUUGAAUAAGGUUUCGGCAAAAAAAACCCAAUGAUAUGCCUUAUAAUUGAUGCUGAUACCGGUUUGCGGUCAUGCAGGGAAAGGAUACAUCCCAACAAAACACUACAUGGAAAGAAAACGGCCAUGAAAUUGUUAUUAAAUUAACAUGCGUUACGAUCAUACAAACAUGAUGGCCUUCUAGAAGUUAGUUUUCACUAUCAUCACAAUCGUGCUUUGUGGCAAUGUUUUAAUCGUACCGAUUGCGCUCUACGAUAUUGGUACAAUUAACUACUCUUUGCAUCGUACUCUAUGAGAACUGCAUCCGAUAAUUACAUGAAAUGAAAUCAUCCGAGCCUAGCUCAUUACCCAGCUAUCCAACGUGUUUUAUAAAACCCGUAUCAUCAAAACUCCGUAGCUGUUGAUAGAUUAUAUUGUGUUUUUUUUUUUGUUAGAUUAGUUUCAUGAGACUUUUGUUUAGUUAUGGUUUGGGAAGGGAUAUCAAAUAUAAAAUAUUUUAUAUGCAAUGCGUUUAAGGUGCGCAUGGUAAUGUGUUUUUUUAUGAAACAAUAAAAUAUUACUAGAA